UAAUAAAAAAUAUUAUUUUUUUAUUUAAUCAUUUAUUCAAGAGAUUCCUUCAAAAAUGCUCAUUUGUCCAGAAAUGAAACUGAACUUUAUGAGUGAAUCAUUUAAUCAUCUAUUUAAACAUAUUUUUCAAUAAUUAAUUAAAAUUGUAGCUAUAUUUUUUAAUUAUAAUUUUGUCAGAACCAUUAUCUUGUUUAGUAUAUAUAUUUGACAAAAAAUAGAGGUCCACUCUAUUUCACCAAGGUCCACCCACUUUAAGAUUUCUGGCCUCGCCAUACCUAUAACAUUUGGUACAAACAAAAUAUAGAGAAAUUCAUUCAUUUUUGCCCCCCACAUUUUAAAUAUCUGGGGCAGUUUUGCCUCGAGCCCUGGCUAAUGUCUGACCCUGAUGCACAGUGUUUUUGUGCUGGUGCAGUAAUGGUCUUCUGUGAGUCUGGUCUGGGGGGACAGGGACCACUAAUCGGACUGCAGUAAUCAGAGCGGCCGCAGACGGUCCAGCAGAGGAAACGGCGUCAUGGGAACGGACCGGGAUUCCGCAGGGAACGUUAUCAGAUCGCACUCUCUGUGCACUCAGAGUCAGACAGGAAACGCCACAUGAGCGCAAAUAUCUGUGUGAUCAUUACUCGCGUUUGUUAACUUCAUUUAAAACGAAAUAACGCAAAACAACUGGACGUUAAUCCUUGAUUGUUUAAUUCUCACCUGCUAAAAUGUCAAAUCAAGGCCAAAUUUCGACGAAGCGUAGAGACUAUAACUAAAAAAAGAACGAUUUUUGUCCACAAUGUCCGAGCUGUGUCCAAACAAGGCAGCGAGAUCGAUCUCAGGCCACACACAGACAUCUCGCGCCGCGGGCUGUUUGCUCGUGUUUCUCAGUCCCUCACAUGCCACUUAAUGUUCUUUUGAACACACAUCCCCUUUUUAGUCACGGAAACACAAUUUAUGGCUAUUAUGUCGCAUUAUAGAUUGCAUCUACAGAAGCCAAGAGUUGUUGCCGAGAGAUAUGUGAUUCAAGGGGCCACAACUUUUGAGAGGAACACAAACAACCUGAAAGAGUUAAGACUAAAGACACGACAAACAUGUUUGUUAAUGUUUCAUUCGUCAUUCAAUUAUAGUUAAGAGGGUCAGACUAUAAAAAGAAACACGACAAAACAAAACAAAACAAAACAUCGAAUCCCGAGUAGGACUGGACCACCCAGAAUCAAAGAGUGAAUGAGUGACUAGAGUUUGUUGAUCACGCCCCGGGUUCAGACGUUUACAGUAGUUCCAGUCAUGUACGCCCAUUACAUGAGCAUCUGAGCAGCAGCCGGUCACUUCCACAACACACACACUCACACACACUUCUCAUGAGAGCUGCUUCAUUUGUCUUGGCCAGCUAGAGCCUUUUUUUAUCAUUAUAAAUCACCAAGGCUUGCCACCCUGGACGUCUUAGGAUGUUUGACAGCUCGCAAUAUCCUUAUAACUGUUUUAACUAUGAUGGAGAAGGAUAUCCCUCUUGUGGCACAGAUGAAGAGAAGAAAGUGUGUCGUCCGGCUUACAGUUACAUUGCGCUAAUAGCGAUGGCUAUACAGCAGAGCCCAGAGAACAAAGUUACCCUAUCUGGAAUCUACGAGUUCAUCAUGAAGAGAUUUCCUUAUUACAGAUCCAACCAGAGGGCUUGGCAAAACUCAAUUCGUCAUAACCUCUCUCUAAACAGCUGCUUCAUAAAGGUGCCCCGUACGGAAGGUAACGAGAAAGGAAAAGGUAAUUACUGGACGUUCGCCACAGGCUGCGAGUCCAUGCUGGACCUCUUUGAAAAUGGCAACUUUCGUCGCCGCCGCCGCAGACGCAACUUAAAAAUGGGCCUGAAGGAGCCAGCCGAACCCUUUGUUGCCAUGGACACUCAUCAGGGCGUUGCAGUAAGAUCCUCGGAUUCAGAUUCUUUCUGCCCUGUGAACACUAGUCACAGACCGGCCCAAAACAACCCACCCCUCAGUAAACCUGAGCCCGAGAUCAAAUUCAGCAUUGACUAUAUUCUGUCCACGCCGGACCCUCUGCCAGGGUUCAGAGCCCCUAACAGUGUAGCUGGAGCUGUGAUCCACCACCUGGAGCCACAACAUCUCAAUCUACGAUUCUGGACCAUGUAACCUAAACUAUAGAACAAAUUCAGUAAAUACCUGAAAAAGACAAAUUAAGCUUCAAUAGUGUGCAAAAAGUCCUUCCCAUAAUGCAAAUUGGCUUGUCAGUAGGCACAUGCAGUUUAUUGUGUGCUAGUGCUCUUGUCAGUAAGUCUGCUGUCACUCAUGUUAGCAAAGCUGUUAAAUAAGAAUACACAAAGUGACUUAUGAGUAGGCCUAUAGAAUUAUUUAAUGAUUAAUAAUAAGAGUUUAAGAAUAUACAUUUCAGUAUAAUGCUCACUUUGAAAAGGUCACUUCGUCAUGAAUUUUUGAAGGCAUAGACUCUGAUUAAAUCAGUCAAUUAGACGGUAACACUUUAUUUUACAGUUACACAUGUUACAUGUAGUUACUAUAGUAAUAACUAGAAAUUAUGCAUAAUUACAUGCAAUUAACCUUAAACCAAACCCCAAUCCUAACCCUAUAGUACGUGUAUGUAGUUAAUUAUUAUUACUCAGUACGUAAGUGCAUAAAUACACCAUGUAACAAGGAUGCUUUAAAAUAAAAUGUAACCAAUUAGACUUUUAAUGUCAAACAUAGGUAACACUUUACAAUAUGGUUCCAUUUGUUAACAUUAGUGAACAUGGAAUAACAAUAGAAAAUACUUUUAAAGCAUUUAUUAAUCUUAGUUAAUGUUUUUAACAUUUACUAAUGUAUUAUUGGUUACACUUUUUUUUUUUAAGGUGUCCUUGUUACAGUGUAAUUGUACAUUUAA